ACCACAUAAUAACGUAUGACGAAUGACAAGCAUUGUUAAAAAUCAUUUAAGUUUUGUUGUUUAGUAAUUUACAUGAAUUCCCUUUUAUUUUAUAAAUCAUGCGUAACAAUGCUCAAAGCCGCAAACAAUUUCUAUAACCAUCUAAUCUCUAGAUCUAGACUAGAUUUCAAACUAUGGCAGCAGCGGCAUGUGAUAUAGAAGAGUUCCUGACUGGUCCUCUCGUAAAAUGGAUAUCUACAUGUGUAAAGAAACCUGAAAGCCUUCAAGUUUAUGAAACUUUUUUUGACGGCUCACCAGUAAAUGAAGUGCUUCUUCAAAUCGACCCCGAACCAUCUCAACCAGUGCCUUCAAUAUCGAAUUUACAAGGACUUAGUAUAACAGCAGCUAGGACGAAAAUCUUCCACUGUAUAAUCAAAAAUAUAAGAGCAGUCUAUGAAGAUGAAUUGGGACAAAUCAUUAUCAAAGUACCUGAUUGUGUGGUACUGGGUAGAGCCCCUGCAUCACAAACCGCCCUAGAACAGUUAAAGUUACUAAUAUUACUGCUCUUAGGAUGUGCAGUACAGGGACCAACAAAGGAACUUUUUAUUUCUAAAAUAAAAGAAUUGUCUGUAGAUGAUCAGCAUGAUAUUGUCGAAUGUAUUAAAAGAGUUACUGAAGAUCAAAGUAUAGUUCUUACUCAAGAUUGGAUGGAUCAGGAACCGCAGAAGCUGUAUUUUCACAUUAGAACCCUCACUGGUGAAAGGGAUAAAAUGGUUCAACAAUGGGUUAUUGAUUUAGGACAGGAGACCAAUCCCAUACAAAGCUUGAGUGAUCAAGGAGUUGAAUCAAAUCAUUUGGCAGUUGAACUUGCAGAUUGGAAAGCUCGUAUGAGGAAACAAAGACAAGAGUUAGAGGAAAAGACUGAAAUUUUAGCAGAAUGUAGAGAAGAGUUAGAGCACGUGAAGAGUUUACUGGUAAAACUCAGGUUAGAAAAUACUGAAUUACUAACAGAAGCUAGAAGAGUUAAGGCAUAUAGAGACGAAGUGGAUUCUAUGAGGGAAAAAAUUGAAAGGGCGGACAGACUGGAAAUUGAGGUACAAAGAUAUAGAGAAAGACUUGCAGACUCGGAAUUUUAUAAAGUUAGGGUAGAUGAGUUAAGAGAAGAUAAUAAAGUACUCUUAGAAACUAGGGAAAUGCUAGAAACACAAUUAGCUCGAGCAAGACAAAGAAGUGAUCAUGUACUAGAAUUGGAAGCUGAAUUGUUGUCAGCUAAGCAAGCAAUCAAUGACGUUGUACUCGAAAGAGAUGCAGCCAAAGAUAAAAUUCAAGAACUCCUGGACGAAAAUAUUCAACUACAGCAAUUUCAGAAAUCUGCUCUCCAAGAUUCCGCAUGUUUGAAUGCUUCCUUAGAUUCGGAUUUGGAGGAAAGUAAUUCUGGAGAUAACAGUUUAUCAGAACAAUUAACAAGCAAUGCGCAGGCGCGUGCUUUGAAAUUGGAACUGGAAAAUAAACGUUUAUUAACAUCUAUUGAAGCGUUGAAAGAAAACAGUUUCUUAGAAAGUGCUAGUAAAAUUUUAGAACUUGAAAAAGAGAAGAAAAAAUUAUCUGUACGAUGUGAGCAAUUGGAAGAAAAUUGUGAACGGUUGACCCAACAAAAAGCAGAACUGGAAAAUUUGUUCAAAAAUGCUAUUCAAGAGACUAGAAAGCUCCAGGAUUCUUUGGAUACACAAAAAGUGAUAUCAGACAGACAAAAUCAAGAACUCAACAACGAAAGGUUACGCAUUGGUGAAAUGGAAAACAACAUUGACAAUGUAACAAAAGAAAAACAAAGGAUACAAUUAUUAUGUGAUACAAUCAAAAAAAGGGCAGACGAUGCUGAAAAAUCCCUUACCGAAGUAACAGGACAACUGCUAACUUUACAAGCAGAAUCUGAGAAAUGGAAAGAAUUUGAGAGAGCUACUAGUCAGAUGAAAGAAAAAGUAGAAACCUUAGAAAAAGAGAAUAUGAAUAUGAAUAAAGAUAUUGGAAAACUUAAGGAGGCUUUAGAGGUGAAAGAUGUCAUCGUUGAUCAACACAUGGAAAAAAUAGAGAAACAAGAAAAAGACAUCGAACGACUAACGAAAGAUAAUGAAGAAUUAAUUGCGCAAAUAGAUAAAUUUUUAGAAUUGGAAAAGAAAGCUCAAGAAUUGCUAUCCCAAGUGUCGGUGAAUACAGAAACUAUUUCGACAUUGCAAAAAGAUCUGAUCAAUGAAAAAGUUACUAGUGAAAAAUUGAAAAAUAAUUUGGAUAAACUAGGUCUCAAUGCGGAUAUUUUGGAUAAUGAUGUGUCUUUUGUAAUCGAAAAGAUGUUGAAUAACAACGAAUUAUUGAAAAUUAUAGGACCUAUGGUCAAGGACAUUUUGGGCGAAACUGAAAUAGUUAGACAAACUGCUACAGAAGAACGAGAUAAUCAAUGCGAAAAACUCUUAGCUGAAAUAUCAAAUCUCCAGAUAUCUAACGAUGUACUCCAAAAUGAAAACGCUAAGUUGAAAGUUGAUAUCUCAACUCUAAAAUCUCAGAUUAAUUCAUUGCAAACUCAACAAACAGCUUUACAACUUGCCAAUAGCCAGUUAGUAGCAGAAAAGGAUGAAAAAGUAAAGCAACUGCGCAAAAUUUUAUUAUGUAAGAAACAACAAAUCCAAAGCAAACAGCACGACACUUUAUUGUUAGAUCAAGUCACUCUGAGAACCAUACAUGAACAACUCAGUUUAGAAUAUGAAGAAGCCAAAACCGAGCAAGAAAAUCUUAAGAAGAUUGGUAGAGAUUUGAGGUCGGAAAUGAGGACAGUAAAAGAGAAAAAUAGUAACCUUGAAAGUAAAAUUAUUGAUUUAGAAGCUGAAAAAGAAAUAUUGAAGAACGAUGCAAAAAGUUUGGCAAAUUUGAGAGCAGAACAUUCUAAAUUGAAGGACGAUUUUAGAAAUCUCUUCACUGCAAGCGAACGUCUAAAACAAGAGUACAGGGCAGUACAAGAGGAAUUGAAGAAUCUUCGAACGGAAUCGCGAAAUUUGAGACUUGGUCGAACGGAAAUGCAGGGAGAGCUCAACCUAAGAUCGGACAGAAUGGCCAGUCAGCAAUUGGAAAAUGCCAAACUUCAACAAAAAUGUGAUAUGUUAUUUGAAAUGAACCAAUCUUUGGAUUCCGAUAGACGGGCACUGAUGGAUCAUGUAUCUCAACUCCUUUCUCAAUAUCAUUCUCUGUUGACACAUUCUUUGGAAGACAAACAACAUUACCACAUAGAAGAGAAGUUGUAUACGGAUAAAGUUAACAAUUUAUGUAGACAAAAAGAGAAACUUGAAGAGAAAAUAAUGGAGCAUUACAGGAAACUGGAUAAUGCUUCUUCAAAAAAAAAAGGUUUUGGUGCUACCCUAGUCCGAAGAGUUAGAAAAGCUGGUUCAGACAUUAUUAAUAAAGUCCCUAGUAGGAAUCGCCGGUCUUGGCACGAGGAUACUGCAGCUAGAUUGACUCAAUCUCAAUUGACAUUAUUAAAUGAUGGUUCGGGUGAAUCGAAUGGAAAUAAUUCCGACAAUAGUAACGAAGAAUCAACUGUUCAACGAUCAGAACCAUUUAAACGAAGUGUAUCUGGAGGAGGAAGCCUACACGGACACAAACCAAGAGAUGAAGUAGCUUUAAGAAGAUCUUCCUAUAGAGAUUUGGCCUCCCAUAGAAAUAGUGUUGCUGGCGAUCAGGUGUUUGUGCAGGAUCCUAACUUAAGUUUGGGUUCGGUAGGUACUCGCCGUACCGUUUAUCUUUCAGAAGAAGACAGUACCCCAGUACCACCUCUAUCUCAAAAUAAUCGUACUUCCAAUACUCCUCCUUUAUUAGUGUACAAUAGAAUAUCAACAGUGAUUGGAGAACCUCAACGUGUAUCCACGCCUCAACCUCAACUCUCCGAUGAUGUUAAUAAAGAAACAACUAACGGUGAAAAAGAAAAAAUCCCGAAAAAUGCAAAGGAAACGGCUAUCUGGUAUGAGUACGGUUGUGUCUAAGGAUAGUUAAUUUAUUUCGAAAAAAUAACGUAAAACUGACUAAUAAGCAUAACUAGAAAUUUAUCUAUAGAAAAUGGUGAUAACCUUUUUUUUUGUUUUGUUGUAUAACUAUGAUGAGUGGUCUGAAGUCUGAAGCCACUACUAGGAUAGAUCAGGUACAUAAUGUGGGUGAAAAAAUCCAAGUUACCACAUUUUGGAAGAUAGGAAUGUCUGAAAUAAUACAAAACGCAAUAUUUUCAUGUGUUCAUGUUUUUUUAAAUCUUGACCUGGUGCCACAAAAUUUUCAGUUUAGAAUAUCCAAAUUGUGACCAGAUAAAAGAGAAGAUAAUAGCAAAUUAUUUGUUCAAGUAAUUUGAGAUUUUCUUAUAUCGUUCUAUCUUUGUAUGAAAGGUAAUUAAUUGUCAUAUAUUAAGAGAAUCAUUUACAACGAAAUUAAUAUAAAAUUUAAUUAUACAAAAUAACAAUUUUUUUUGUUUGAAUAACAAAGUUCACAAUCAUUGUGACAAGAAUAGUUUCUAAAUUUUUUUAACACUUAACCAAAUUUGUGAUGUUUUUUAAUUAAUACUACGAUUGUGAUAUUGGAAUUAAAACUGAAUUAGUGAAAGGUAUGGUUUCAUUUUAAGCGACAUUCAUUGCAUCUUUUAAGAUAUAAAACUGUUUAUUUUUUCCAUUCAACCUUUUCAGAGCUAGUAAUCUAUAAUUUCUGAAAUCCAUUAGAAUGCGCGUUUACUAGUCUAUUUUAGUCAAAUGUAGCAGUCAAAUAUGGAAAAGAGCCGGGACAGCUUCACUGGUCCGACUAUAGGAGGAUGUCAUAGUAAAAAAGGUUUUAAACUGCAUAAAGAAAAUGUGUUGGUACUUUACUUUUUAUUAAUUCAGUAAAUGGUGUGAAUCUCAAGUCUUCCUUUCAUUUUUGGAUAUCGAUACUAUAUUUAUGCAAGCAAAAAUAUACACUUCACUUCAAAUAUUGUGUAUUAGGAGAUUAAAUUUGCUAUUCAAAAGUUAAAGAUAACUUAGAUAUACACUUUACAGACAAUUUAUUUCAUGCAUUUGUGUAAUAUUAACCAUUUACAUGUAUAGGCAUAUAUCAAAUGUAGUAUUUUAUAUUAAGACGAUUUUUUCUACUUUAUUAUACAGAAAUAUGCAAAUUAAACUAACAUACAAAUCAUUUCAUAAUAGUCAUUAAUUUAAUAGCUGCCCCUAAACUCAUGCCGCCCUAGGCCCGGACCUCGCAAGCUCAGGCGUAAAUCCUUCACUGGUUGCCCUUCGAUUUUAAGUUUAAAUUUUCUCUUAUAAGUUAUUCGUUCUUUUGUUGUAUAUUAUUUUAAUAUCUAUUUUUCUUAAAAAUCUUAUUUCUGUACUUCCUGUGUAUUUUGGUCAUUGAUUCUGUGUCCAUAUGUUAAUAUGAGUAUGGCUAUUUUUUAUGUAUUUCUGUUUUUAUUCGUUUUGGUGUUUUCUUUUUAGCUAGAAAGGGUAACUUGAUGCGUUGAAUUAUCUUCCAGUUGCUCCAAUCCUCUAGUUUAUCUCUUGUAUUCUUGUUUUAUUUUCAAACUAAGGUACUUGAAGGUUUUAUUCCUUGAAAUUUGAUCUUAUGUGUCUUAUCAUUCCGGUUUAUCAUCAUCUAAGUCUUGUAUUCGUUUAUUAUCAUCAUUUAUUAUAUUUUUAAGUGCAAUCUAUCAGAGGGGUCGAUCGACGUUCGAUGAAGAAUAAUUCUUCAAUAUUUAUUACCUUAUAUGGCCAGAAAGAUAUUUGUUUCAAUUAUUAUUAUCGAAAAAAAAAACUGGCGGAGGUGAUGGCAUAAAUUGAAUGCACUUCACAUAUUCAAGUAGAUAUCUCCAAAAAGUUACCUAAGUCAUAUUUUCUGCACAGAAUUUUACAAUUACAUUAUUAACGGUCAUGAAACACUCUGUGUAAUGAAGAGGAAAAGAUAUUAGAAUUGAUUAGAUUUAAGUGUGGAGAAAAAAUAUUUUAUUAGAAAACUAAACAUAGAGGUUUUCUACAAAUAGUCAUUACAGAGUAUAUCCAGUGAUUAUAUAUUUUUUUUACAGCGUUUCAUUUUUGAAAAUUGUCUGAAAUCGCUAAUAUAUACAUAAUGUACAACUAACAUUUUUAUAAAAAAAAUAUAAAAGAAUAUACUAAAAAAAUUUGGAAUGCCAUUUUCAGAAAAAGAUUAACUAACCUCAAUUUGUAAUCCACUUUAAACAGUCUCUUAAUUAGGUGAAUCUAUUCAGUGCGACAUUUUGUAUUUGUCUUAAACUAGUGUCUAUUUUCAACCCUAUUUAAAAAAAAUUAAUUAUAAAUGCCUUUGAAACACUUCUCAGGCUAAAAGCCAGAAAAAAUAAAAUUUGCAAUAAUGGCAACUUCUGCAUAGAAUUAAUUAGACUUCUCCUGAUCUAGAGGCCAGAACUAAAUAUAACUUCCACUUUUUGCAGGUAAUACAAAACCCUUACCUGGGCGUAGCUGCUAAGAUACUUCUGCUAUUAAAAAUUUGCCAGAAACUAAAUGUCAAAGGCAAUAUACCUUUAGUUUCAGUUUAUUUAAUAACAGAAAACGAGUCUCCUAGAUUUACAACAAAAUUUAGGAUAUCCAGACUCAGGAGGCAGCCCUGCGCACUCCGGAUUCAAUGUGUGUUGGUGCAAACCUGUUUGUGUUUAUUCUCCAAUACCAACGCGACGAUGUUCCUUACAUUCGUUGGCACUUGCAGGUAGUCUAAUGAUCAAUGCAUGAGGGAAUGUGGUAGCCGAGUAUAGCCACUUUACCAUCGCGAUUGUUAUUCUUUUCUUGGAUUUCUUGAAACCCGAAAUUCUGAUAAAAGCUUCCUUAUCUUCAGGUGUCCCUCAUGGAAAUCGACCUCCACUUGUUGAUGUCACCCGGUGUUUAGACUAGAUAUAAAUAUUUUUCAUGAACAUAUAAGGUUAUGAACAAGAGGUGGCAAUGUGGUUUUUAUUUUGCUAAGCUUUAGUGGUAUAAUUUUUAGUUAUUAUUGAAAGAGUAGACGGAGAGUCUACACAAAAAUUAUUUGGGUUUUAUGUCUCCCGUUUGCAGUAUUCAAGUAUAUCAAUCUACGGGCAAAUAAUACUUUUAAACCAACGAUUAAAAAUCCAGCUUACUAACAAAUUAUUCAACAAUUUUUUUUGCAUACUCGUCAUUCGCUGUUUCUCUCAUCACACCUUUCCAUACAAGCGCUUCAUACAACAUAAUUGAGUGGCCUCCCACAGUUGGGGCUCUUACGUGGUCUGUAAACCCCAGCCUCUCAUAUGCCUAAAUAUUAUAUGGAUCUGACUGGUACUAUUUCGGUGCCGGUGUUAUCAAAUCUCACACGCUAUCGCCUAUCUCUGCUCCCAUUCACUAUGAUUGUCUAAAUCUUCUGUCUUGCAAUCUCUAAUCCAUUUUUUAUAUACACCUAUAUAAUAUAUUGAUUACAUUAUUCAUUUCAUCCAUUAAACCAUACGGGUUCUCAUUCUCCAGGUAUAUGAACAUAUCUUCUACAAAUGCUAUACACCUGGUUUGUCUUCUCAUUCCGACCCUAAGUAAUUCCUCUAUUAUCAAAGCCCAUGAUGCCGUGAAUAAAGCAUUCUUCACGUUUAUUCCUAUCGCAGCACCCACCUUUUUUUCGUUUUCUCAGUCUGUUCUUUCACCCAGCUCACAUUUCCUUAACAACUGGAUCACCUUAUUGAAGAGUGGCGAGAAGGCACAUGGAUCUGUAUUCCGAGGUUGGAAUACAUGAUGCCGUCUGAGUUUCGGAGGUACGAAGAAUAUUUUUAGUUUCGUUAUAAUACAUACUGUCAAAGAUAUUUCAAUAAAAAACUUAAAAUCUAUACUUAAUAUUCGUGAUAUUUUUUCUUUAAAGAGUGGCAUUCAAAAUAUUUUUUGGUACCCAAUAUCUUGCCAGAAUAUUAUCUUGACUAACACAUUACCCAAAAAAAAUUAUUUUUUACUAAUAAAACAUAGUGUUCAUAUGAAAAGAAAUUAGGUUAAAAAAUUUAACUUGCUCUUCCGAUGUUAUGGUUUUAUAAUUUUCCCUAAAACGCGAACAGUACAAAACAUAAUUGUAAGAGAAUUGUUUCACAUCUGCACAUUGACUAAUUCAAACUUCAUUUUUUCCUUCAAAUAGCAAAUCUGCAAAAAAAUAUUUUGAACCACUGAUAUUCCUUAUAAGUAACUAUACGAAAUAUUUUCAUUUAUCUAACCAGAGGUUGUAACAAGUAAACAAUGGAAGCAUUCCAUGUUUGACCAUGUAAAUUAUAACAAAGUUCGAAUUUCGGAACCCUUAGUGAUAUUCAUACUGAACACACUGUUUACAUUACCACUACACCAACACUCACAAUUACACUGUCGGACAACUGAAGUUAAACUCAGUUAACUGAAAGUAAACCUUCAGAGACUGAAGGUGAACUCAGUUUACGGGAAGUAAAACUUCAUAGACUGAAGGUAAACUCAGGUUACUGAAAGUAAACCUUCAGAUACUGAAGGUGAACUCAGUUUACUGGAAGUAAAACUUCAUAGAUUCAAGGUAACUCAGUUUACUGAAAGUAAACCUUCAGUGACUGAAGGUAAACUCAAGUUACUGAAAGUAAACCUUCAAAGACUGAAAGUAAACCUUCAGAGACUGUAGGGGAACUCAGUUUACUGAAAGUAAACCUUCAGUGGCUGAAGGUAAAUUCAAGUUACUGAAAGUACACCUUCAGAGACUGAAGGUAAACUCAGUUUGCUGAAAGUAAACCUUCAGAAACUGAAGGGAUAUUAACUGGUGUCUAUUAAUUUGAAAAUUCAUAUAAAUUUACUUCCAAGUAAAAAUUUUUUUAAUUUGGGAAGAAUGUUUCUUAAAAAUUAUAAAACCUUCAUACCAAUAUUAUGUGAUUUUAUAAUCUGCCAAGAUUUAACCGACAACUUACUAAUUUUAAGAGUGUUUUUAUAUACAUUACUAGAAUAGGUACUAAUUAUAUACAAUUAUUAACUUAUGGCCACUUGCACCGUAAGGUUAACAAUGAUUUAAAUUCAAAAACUGGCUUAAUUCUUUUUUUUAAAUUGUACCGUGUGUUAAACAAAGAUUUUAGUUGAUUUUAUGUAGUCAAAAUCUUGUGGUGCAGAACCACAGCCGCAGCAGCAACUCUAGACGUACUACUAGUACUCUCCAUAACGUUCCUAAAUAAUUGAAUAAAAUGAGCGUGUCGUUACGUGGCGUGUUACAAAAGUCUACUCAACAAUGUAUUACGUGAACCGAAGUCGCAUGGCGUGGGGUGGCGUUUUGCUAGUGGGUUUUGACCUUAAAUGUUGCGGAAUGAGUACUUCAAAAGUUUUGGCUAUACUAUUCAUCGUUAGCAAAAUAAUAUAUUGUUGAAGGGAUUCCUAAUGACUUGUAAGUGUGUAUUACAUAUAUGUAUCGUCAAAAAUAUGUAUUAGAAAGGCUUAUUUUCGGUUUAGGUAACAAAAAAUAGAAUUUUUAAUUUUUUUUAGUUGGGAGAGCCACUUCUGUGGUGGUAUGUAGAUAUCAAAUGUUUAAAAAGUGAAGUCUCCCAUACAGAGUUGUUUUCUUGAUUUUUAUGUUUGUUUAUUUCUUUGUUUUCGAUAACGUUUUUGAAUUUUGCGAAUAUAUUAAUUGGUUGUAUUUUUUCAUUAGAAAAAAACUUUAUGAUCUCACGCAUCGAAUUUCACAAGAAACUCAUAAAAUAGAAAAAACACGAAAAAAUUGCUUGCAUAACUUAAAAUGUGUGAUUUGAAGAUAAGUGUUUGUGCCAAUUCAUUCAAUUUCCCUAGAUCGGUGAUAUAACUUUAACUUGAACCGCAUAAAAUACGGUGCAAGCUAUUAUGAUUCAAACCGCUGUUUGAACUUUAACAGCCUGUUAUUUUAAACAGUGGAAUCAGAGAUUACGGUGCAAGUGGGCAUUAUUCAAUCAAAUCAUUUUCAUGCACUAUUUAAUUAUAAGAUUUUUUACCACAUUUUUAUUUAUUAACUCAUUUAUGUAGCAUACGAUGAUUUCCAGUGAUAAAUGUAUGUAUUAUUUUUUGCUCCUUUUUUUGUAAUGCACGAUGAUAAAUUUUUUCACCGUUUAUUUUAAUAAAAAUACUAAUUCAAAAUUUAUUAUUUCAUAGGGUAGACAAAUUUGCAGGGAACAGGCUGUGUUUUAAAGAGAAAAAAAGUAAUUGUUUUAAUAAGUUUGAGCAUUUAACAAUUUUAACAAUCUUGUGUUUCAAAAAGUUUAAUCGUUUUUCCAACGGAAUUUCGAAUAAGUGUAUUAAAAUGAUAUAGUUGUGACAAGUUUCACUACCUCUGACAUGGAAAUGGAUUUACAGUAUUGUCAAAAGCUAUAGAAGAAUUACAGAAUAUAACAAAGGUCACAUACGAAUGCGAAACAUGAAUUAUGACGGCGACAAGUGAGCGGAUUUUGAACAGCUAGGCUGGGAACGGAAAAUCUUACGAAAUAUUUUUGGCCCUGUUUGCGAGAACGAUGCGUGGAAGAUCCGAAGGAAUGCUCAGCGCUACACGUGUAGAGGAGGCCUUGUGAUUGAUACCCGUGCAGAGCCAUAUAUGAAGGAUGGCAACUGAGGAAGAUCGCGGUUGUAUGACGUUGAGGAUGACCUGAUCAAGCUAGAGGUUCAACGUUGGAGGCAUCAUGUUCAGAACGGAAAGAAUUGGCAGUCGAUUGAGAAGGCCUUGGUUCUAAAAGAACCAUAGCGCCGGUUAAAGAAAGAACAAAUAGUUUUUGCACAUCUUCAAUUGUGUGAUUUUUUAAGAAGUUUUCUCAUGUAUAUCUGCAAUGCCGGCCAAAAGUUUCAGACCACAUUAAAACAAUAUAAUUAUCUAUCAAUUGUAACGAAACCCCUUAGGAGGUAGAAAAGUAGGGCAUAAUCGCCCACUAUUUUUGUCAUUUUUGUUGGAGUUUCAACUACACCCAAAUGACUCAACCGAUUCACCUCAAACAAACAAAUUCAACUUAACUCCAACAACUGGGAAUUCAGUUGAGGGCUGCAACUCUCUCGAAUUCCCAUAGACAAGUCCCUGUCUUAUCUUUAAUAUAUAGAAAUUUAAGUUGUUUUUAAUUUAUAAUAGACGGGGAGCUGGCUACAAAAAACAGGGUCGAUAAGGUGCGCGCCAUUUCAGCUUGUAAACUGGCGGUUCCCACUUAAUACAUCACCGAACGCCACUUCUUAAGGUCAGCACAGGUCGGAUAUGAAAAUGCCAGCCGGUUACAAUAAAUUCGUAUCCAGAAAAUAACCGAAAUUACUUUGGAAUUAACAAUCAACCAAAUGAAUGAUUAUAACAGCUGUCAUGCAAUGUCUACACCAAAAAAUAGUAGAAAGAACAUAAAUCCAAUAAAUAGUGUUGUUUCUCGUAUCUUGAUAUAUCAGAUAACUAAAUUAAAUGGAAAGAAAACUUUAGGUAUCGUUCCUCUUCAUGGUCCUUCGAGCCGGGUUGGAUUUGUAACCGGUCAAUAUGCAAAUGAACGGAAAACCCCAUUAUUAGAGCUAGAAUAUCGAUGUCUUCGUGGUUACUUUCCAAUUUUCCUAAUAAUCCUAUUACCUAUAAAUAACUACUUACCUGAGUUAAGUAAAAGUAUCAUCUAUUAGCAUAUAUUUAACUCUUUUUUGGGCUGAUCUAGAUGUAACUUCUAUUUAACUGUUUUUAUGUCGACCCAGGCUCACCAACUUAGAGGAAAACUUCAUUUGCGAAGUUGUAUGGUUGUGACUUUUGUUAAAUUCACAAAACAAGAAAAAACAGAUGCAGUGGGCCAUUGCCCAUCGAAAAAGAUUUUUAAAAAGUUCUUUGGACCAACGCAUCCAAGUUUAAGCCUUUCGGGUUCAAAAUGAAGAAAAGAUGAUGCCAGUCUGUAUAGUCCCAACAAUCAAGCAUGGCUAAAAUAUGGUCUGGGGUUGCUUUUUUAGAGAUUGCACUGGCGAUUUGAUCAAAAUUGACGGAAUUAUGAAAAAGGAACAGUACAAAAAAAAUUAAAAUAAAUUGUUUUAUUGCAUGAUUUAACAGUUCAAUUAAACAUUUGAUAUUUUCUUGGUGUUUUAUUUCAUUUUCUACUUGAAUUAAGGUGAUUUUAAAGUUUUGGCCUCCAGUGUAUGCU